AUGGAGUCCACCGAGCUCGGCCCCUUUCAGACCAACGUCUCGUCUGCACUAGUACAGCUUGUGAAGACUGUCGGUCAACUGGCUGCGGAGGACCUCGGUUUCCACCGCAAUUCAAAUGCAGAGUUCACGGAAUCGCUCGACGAGCAGAGCGAGCGGAUUCUAUCGUUGACCAAUGCCGUACUGAAGGCUGCUACGGCGGGGACAGACGUGCAAGUGCCCACCCUCAACAAUGAAGAUUCUAUCGAAGACAACUGGCGGGGCGUUGUGGAUGUGAUUGAUGCGCUUCUUGAAAAAGCCGACGCCUGCUUGGACGAAUUCACCGGCGUGAUCAAGAAGCUGAGCCCGUCUCAAGAAGACCAAGCGCCUGUGGCCAGAAAAACCCCCAAAUUUCCCACCACUUACGACUAUGGCCCAUCCAAGAUCCCCAAACCGCAACUGCUCUUUGACCACAAGCCCGACAAUUCUGACUUGGGCCCGUUCCGACCCCUUCUGAAGACGAAGCCCCACGCGACUGUUCCCCUCGAACAAUCACUGACGCAGCGUCAGGCGGGUGAUGCAUCUGUCUAUCCUCAUCCUUACGAAACUGAGAUCCGCAGCGCCCAAUACCCCGCCUUCGUUUAUGAGUCCGCUCCCCCAAUUGACUACCUUUCAUUCGAAGAUACGGCAGCAACGUUCGUGGACACCCUGGAUGGUGUGAAAGAGAUGCUUGCGGAGUUGAAGCAAGCCAAGGAGAUCGCCAUUGAUCUGGAGCAUCAUGAUGUGCAUUCGUAUCACGGUCUUGUAUCGUUGAUGCAGAUCAGCACACGCAACAAGGAUUGGGUAGUCGACACUUUGAAACCGUGGAGGCAAGAACUUCAAAUUCUCAACGAGGUUUUUGCAGACCCGAAGAUCUUGAAAGUUCUUCACGGAUCAACCAUGGAUAUCAUUUGGCUGCAGCGUGACCUGGGGCUGUACGUUGUUGGCAUGUUCGACACCUUCCACGCCGCUUGUGCUUUGAGUUACCCCAAGAAGAGUUUGAAAUACCUUCUUAAAAAGUUCGUGAACUUUGAAGCCGACAAGCGCUACCAGAUGGCUGAUUGGCGUGUUCGCCCACUCCCGAGUGGCAUGUUCGACUAUGCUCGAUCGGAUACGCAUUACCUUCUUUACAUAUACGAUUGCAUGAGAAAUGCGCUCAUUGAAGCGUCUACGCCUGAUGAAAAUUUGAUCGACUAUGUUCAGGACCGCUCUAAGCACGAGGCGCUUCAGAAAUACGAACGUCCCGUCUAUGAUGCGGAGAAGGGCCAGGGUGCUGGUGGCUGGUAUGAUUUGCUUUCGAGAAAUUCCAUUGGACCGCUUUCAAAGGAGCAGUUCGCUGUUUUCAAGGCAAUUCAUCAAUGGCGGGACGAGGUGGCGAGGGCUGAAGAUGAAGGCUGGCAAUGCGUCUUCCCCAAGCAUAUGCUAUUCAAGCUGGCACAAGUUAGGCCUACCGAUAUGGGAACGCUGCUGCGCACCCUCUCACCAAUGACGCCUCUUACCAAAAGCCGGGCUGAUGAUCUUCUUCGCACUAUUAAAGAGGCAAAUGCCGCCGGUGCUGAUGGCCCAGAAUGGCGCGACGUCGCACCGCCACCCCGUACUCCCGCAGCAAUUGUCGCUGCUGACCAGGAAGACGUUGAUUUUCCCGUCGCUGAACCCUAUCAAACAUCUCAGUUCUGGGGGGAUGUUCUUCAAGUUCAAGAGCCUUUGACACCUGCCGAAUAUUCUAUUGCAGCGUCGGUUCAGGCUCUCCGGAUGUCCCUUCCUUUGCCACCCAUGCCCAAGACUGUUUCAGAGGCUCGCGAGAAGUUGGGAGUCUCCGGAGAGGCGCAAUCUGCCCCAGUCCUCAAGCCUGCGCCUGCACCUCCAUCGGCACCGGAAGAGCCCAAGUACUUCACGGUGAAGGAUCUUGGAGGCCCGCGCAAGCGAAAGGCGGCAGUGACCGAGACCCGUGAAGAUGAGCAACCUGCCCUUGAAAGCAUGGUCGAGCCAACCCACGAGCCGGAGCUUAGUGCAAAGGAGCGAAAGAGGCAGCGAAAAGAAAAGAAGAAAUCCCAAAAGGCAGCCCAAGGAGCUUCUCAAGGUGGUGCGGAUUCGACCUCCUUCGAUUACACCACCGCCGAGCCGAUUUUGAACAAGACGCCUGCAGCUGCACCCAAAGCCACAAGCCGGAAGAAGCCGUUUAACCCUUACGCCAAAGCCUUGGAGGCUCCUUCGGGUGCACGCAAGCAAAAGCGAGAUGACUCUGGAAAGUCCAUGACUUUCCGCAAGUAG